UAUUUUUGGUAUAAUCAUUAUCUGAGCAAAUAAUCAAGGCAACUGCAGAGUUAUUAUGGAGGGAAAAAAUCUACAACUGAGAUCAAUAUGCUAUGGUUUCUUCUUACUGCUGAGUUUCAGACCACAUGCUACGAAGGCACAAACACCGAUUUUUGUGGGAAGUAACUGCCAAAACACAACCCAAGAACCCCUCAGCGGUGUAUACCAAACAAAUCUUGACGGCAUGCUCAGAUGGGCAUCUUCAGACGCAGCCACAAGCAAAGGUUAUAACUACAAAAGCAUAGGUAACAACAGUCCUGUGUAUGGCCUCUAUGAUUGCCGUGGUGAUGUGGUUGGAUACUUUUGUCAAUUCUGUGUCUCUACUGCUGCCAAAGAAGCCCCUCAGCGCUGCCCCAAUAGGGUCUCUGCUAUGGUUUGGUAUGAAUUCUGCAUUCUAAGUUACUCCAACGAGAGCUUUUAUGGGACUGUUUUAACAACCCCUUCAUGGCAUGCUCUUGGAGAGAAAAAUGUAUCCAAAAUGGAACAUAUUCAGAAAGGUUAUGAUUUUGUUAGCAGUUUAAUCAGAAAAGCAACUAAGGAGACUAACCAGUUGUUUUAUAUGGAUGCCUUUAAUUUGAGUUCCACGGAGAGAAGGUAUGGCUCGGUGCAAUGCACCAGAGUUCUCACAAAUGAAGGGUGCAGACAGUGUUUGGAGACCAUAUUAGCCCAAGUUGCCAAAUGUUGUGAACAGAAAUUAGGAUGGGCGAUUUGGACUGAAAGUUGUGCGAUAAAGUAUGAUGAUCAUAUGUUCUACCAAACAUCUUCAGUUACUGAGCCUAAUCCGAAAUUAGCUAAGCAAGGGGGCAAUAACAGGUCAAAAAUUUUGAUUAUUAGCUUCAGUGUUACAGGGUCAAUAACUUUACUGUGUCUGAGUGUAUAUGGGUGGUGGUGUAGAACUAGAAAAGAUGGUAUGAUAUCUCGUGCCAUUCGUCUAUCAUCAUAUCACAAUAUUCAAACUGAGGACACACUGAAUCCAGACCUUCCUACUAUCCCAUUAAUCACAAUUCUACAAAGUACUGGUAACUUCUCUGAAGUAUCAAAACUGGGGGAAGGUGGAUUUGGCCCAGUGUACAAGGGGACUCUUCCUGAUGGAAGACAAAUUGCAGUUAAAAGGCUGUCACAAUUUUCUGCUCAAGGCUCAGAGGAGUUCGAUAAUGAAGUAAUGCUUAUAGCUAAACUGCAACAUCGCAACCUUGUGAGACUUCUUGCAUGUUGCUUGGAGGAAAAUGAAAAGAUACUAGUUUACGAAUAUUUGCCUAAUAAAAGCCUCGACUUUCACCUGUUUGAUGAUGAGAGAAGAAAGCAUUUUGAUUGGAAAUUAAGAUUAAGUAUUAUCAAUGGAAUAGCAAGAGGUGUUUUAUACCUUCAUGAGGACUCUCGACUGAAAGUAAUUCACAGAGAUCUCAAAGCUAGCAAUGUUCUAUUAGACCCUGAAAUGAAUCCCAAAAUAUCAGAUUUUGGAUUGGCAAGAGCAUUUGAAAAAGGACAGAACCAGGCAAAUACGAAACGAGUAAUCGGCACUUAUGGAUACAUGGCUCCCGAGUAUGCUAUGGAAGGCUUGUUUUCAGGGAAAUCUGAUGUUUUCAGCUUCGGAGUUAUCGUCCUAGAAAUCAUUUGUGGGAGAAAGAAUAGCGGAUUCUAUCUCUCAGAGCAUGGUCCGACUCUUCUAUUGUAUGCUUGGAGAAUAUGGUGUGAAGGAAAAUGUUUGGAAAUGAUGGAUCCUACGCUGGAAAAAUCCUUCGUAGGAAGUGAAGUUGAGAGAUGCAUACAAAUUGGUUUAUUGUGUGUUCAAGAAGAUGCUAAAGAUAGAUCAACCAUGUCUGAUGUUGUUGUGAUGUUGGCAAGUGAGGGAAUGGUCCUUCCAAAACCCAAGCACCCACCCUUUUCGAUUGGAAGAAUGACCUUAGUGGAAUUCUCUACAUCAAACAAUUCCAAGAAUCUUUCCAUUAAUGAUGUAACAACCUCUGUUACUAUACCGAGAUAAUGAACACUUUUGUAUUUGAUUUCA